AUGUCGCUCUUUAGCACACGUACGCUCGUUACCGCCCUUUUGUUGGCACAGUCAUUCGCUUUACCUGCCCCGGAAUCCGAGCCAGUCCAGCUCGAAGAAAGGAAUAUUUGCAACGAUGGCGAGCUUGCCGCCAAGAAUCCGCGCGCAGCUUUCUUCCGCAAGGUUGUGGACGAGUCUAACUACAGCAACCAUAGUAGAGUACCGACGCCGAAGGAUGUCCCCCUGAAGGUCGGCAUCAUUGGCGGUGGAGCUGCUGGACUGUACGCUGCAAUUCUUCUUGACUCUCUCGGAAUUGACUACGAUAUUCACGAGGUUUCCGGACGCAUUGGCGGGAGAAUCUACACCUACCAUUUCGAUCAAGAGGCUUGGGAUAAGUCAACUCCUGCAGACCCUGCCUAUUAUGACUACUACGACGUCGGCGCCAUGCGCUUCCCUCCGAUGCCUUACAUGAGCCGCAUCAUUGGGAACGACUCAUGGAGUCUCAUUCCCUACAUCAACGCGAGGGUAUCCGAACGCGACCAGGUUGUCAAGAAACAUUACAUAUUCAGGACGGACAACACUUUCAGACGAUUCAAUGGCAUCACCUCUCUUCUCCAAGACCCAAAUUCUGCCUCCCCUGCUAAGUACGACGUUCCGGUCUUCAACUCGACCUUUAACACGCAGUCUGCGUACAAUGUGUGGAAGGCUCAAGUCAGCACCAUGACGACAGCGCUUUCAGCCAACUUUGACACAGGUUUCAACCUCCUCAUGAAGUAUGAUUCCAUGACGGUCCGGGAGUUCCUCUUGGACCAGGGCUUUACCAACACCGAGAUCGACUGGAUGGAGACAAUCAACGAUGCCACAGGUCACUACGACAUGUACUCCAUGUCUCAAGCCGUCCUAGAGCAGUGGAUCUUUGACAGUGCAGACGUUGACAACUGGUCGCUGAUCAACGGCGGCAUGGACAUGUUGACCAAGGGCAUGAAUCUGAUUGUGAAGAACAAGCCCGUUCUGCACAAUAGGGUCUCCGACAUCAAGAAGAAUGCCAAUGGCUCCUUGAAGAUCGUCGUCAACGGCACUAAGGAGUACGACUACGCCCAUGUCAUCUCGACUGUUCCGUUGGGUGCCCUCCAGGCUAUCAACAUGACCGAGCUAGACCUGAACUAUUUCGAAAACCAUGCCAUCCGUUCUCUCAACUACGAUCCUUCAACAAAGAUUGGGUUCAAGUUCAAGACUCGCUGGUGGGAAAACCUCGCAACCGGCCCUUUCAAGGGUGGCCAAUCCUUCACCGACCUUCCCAUCCGCCGCUGUGUCUACCCCUCCUACGGCAUCGAUGUCCCAGGUGCCCCUGGAACCAUGAUCGCCAGCUACGUCUGGGGCCAGGACGCCUCCAGACUAGGCUCAUACAUGAACCCGCACAACGAAAAGCAGCAGGCGCCUUACCAACCAGAAAGCAUCGACGUCAUGGUUGACUUGACCCUGAGGAACCUGGCAGAGCUCAAUGGCGUAUCCCACGAGUUUCUCCUAUCGCAAUUUGAGGGAUACCACGCCUACGAUUGGUACGGAUCUGCCUACUCCAACGGCGCCUUUGCCAUCUUCGGCCCGGGUCAGUUCAGCAGCACGCUUCCGUGGUUGAUGAGGCCCUCUGCCGAUGGUCACAUGCACUUCGCGGGCGAGGCGCUGAGUUCGGGACAUGCUUGGAUCAUUGGUGCCGUCAACAGCGCCUGGAGAACUGUGUUUGAGAUUCUUUGCACUGAAGGUUUGGAGGACAAGAAGAAGCAAUUCAUUGAGCAGUGGGGCGUCAUUGAUGAGGUUGACAUGGGCUGGUAUGAUUGGUCUCCAGAGGGUUUUCCUUGA